AUGACAUCGCCCGGGGAAACUGCUACCAUGUCAGAUCGCCCACAUCGCAGACGACGAACCGAGGUUGCCUGUUCGGAAUGCCGAUACAGGAAGCUAAAGUGUGAGGGAACAAGGCCGGCGUGUGCUCGAUGUCAGCAUAGGAAGAGAGAGUGCAGGUAUCAGCAGCCUACAGAGUCUGGGAUCCGACGUCCGAAGGCUAAGAGAGGCCAGCAGGGCUUAGCCCACCGGAUUGAGAUACUGGGGGAUAAAGUCGGUCAUAAAACCGGGUCGCAAACACAUUCACCAGGUUCAUUAGUUGGGAAAACAGUGAGCGAAGAUACAAGUAUUGAUGAGCUUGCCACACAUGCAUUCUCUGAGACGUCUCUUGGCCAUGUCUACUUUGGGUCUAGUUCGAACUACGCCAUGUUUAGGCAUAUCUCAAACGCAUUCGCAGAAAGCGCUCUCCUACACCUCACGCUAAACAGUCAUGCAUCUACCGCUCUUCAAAGCUGCAGCAUGUCAGAAGAAAAAACGAAGUCAACUAGGAGGAAAUUAUCAUUAGUAAAGCAGUUCUCAAUCUCUCUGGAAGAUAUACACUCCCUUCCGUCUAGAGAUGAGGUACUGUACCUUAUUAGUCGCUUUUCCACAACAAUCGGUGCUAUUCUUCCAUAUGUCAACUAUGAAUUUCUGUUAGAUACCUAUGAAAAAGCUCUUCUUGAAAGCCAUCCAAGAUUCCAAAGAGGCUUUUUGGCUCUUCUGAAUGUGAUUUGGGCACAUGCAUCUGCGUCCCUGCAGCUUCCGGAGGCAGAGGUAUUCUACAGCCAUUGCGCAGGUCUUCUCGACCAGCGAACACUGGAGAGACCAACUUUUGAACUAGUCCAGACAUUACUGCUAAAGUGUCUUUACGAGCAGAACCAUCAGAGGUCUACAUUGAGUUAUACAACCCAUACAAACUGUGUCAGAGCAGCAUUGCAGUUGGGCUUUCAUUGUGCCUCUAUCCGGUAUGUUCGUGAUAACACACCUGAACGGCCGUACCAGAAGACCUGGAUGGGUAUUUUGAAAAACGAUAGGAUCAUGGGGUUGACCCAAGGGAGGCCAUUUCUUAUACCUUACUCUAUUGAAAAGACCUGCGAAAUAAGACAGCCCGCAAUACUAGGGGAUAUAAGCUCCCUUUAUCUGUUUCAAAUGACUUCCUCUAACACACUCCUGGACGACAUAAUUGAAACACUGUACGAUCAAAAUUUGGACUCGGGCCAAUCUCUCGACAUAGAGACAGCCAUAAACAAGCGUGAUAAUCUACACUUCCACCUCGAACAAUGGGCCGACAGCCAUCCUGAGUGUAUUUCCCUGCUCCCGAGUGAAGUGUUACUGAAAAGUUCAGCGGGCUCAGAUGCUCGCUGGGCCGUACGGGUACUCCUAUGCAUACAAUACCAUAGGCUGGAAUUGACCAUGAACUUCCCUCUAAUGAUGAAAAUCUUAGAGCGCGACUCAACAAAAUCGCUUGGAAACCGUACUCGGCAAAUUAUUCAGCGCAGUUGCUCCCAAAUCCUCCAAGACGACUGGCUUGCAAUACAAGAAGUGCAGCGUUUGAUAUCACUCAUUUCCACACUCCAGGGGUUUAUAGACAUGUAUGCAUCAUGGUAUACAUGCAACUAUACAAUAUUCACAGCCAUCCUCCACUGCCUAGCAAUAUUCCUCGUCCGCCAGCAAUACCCCUUAGAUUCGGAGCCGACGCCAACCCAGAUCCGCCAGGAAAUAGAAGCCUGCCUCCGCACCAUGAGAAAUAUCAGUAGAGGAAGCAUCGUGAAUCAGAAGGCGGAUUACUGUAUUCAAAGAUUACUUGUGGUGUUCGACGCCCUUGUCAACGAGCCUCAGGAAAAUUCAGGUAAUCCGUUAGACACAUUGACCACCGAUUUUAUUUUCCAACAUAUCAAGCUCCCAACAGAGGAAUUCCUCAACCAAUGUAGUCGGCACGAAGAGUCAGAGCAAGCUCAGUUGUUUUUGGAUAUCUUUUCGAGCAUUCCGCUUUGUGAAUGA